AACAUGGCGGUCGCAUUCAUACGUGGAUAGUGUUUUAAACAUUUCUUUUUUGUCUCCUUGGAAAUAUUUCAAAAUUAUCCCUUAGACAAGAUGUAUAGCUGUAAGAACUCUAGACUAUAGCCAUGAGCUGGUUUGAUGCUUCGGGGUUUUCAUCUUUCGCUAAAACAGCUUUAUCUCAAGCACAAAAAUCCAUUGAUAAGGUCCUCGAUAUCGAACAAGAUGAAACUAGCAGUGCUGCUUCAAAAUCUUCGGCUCUGAGUGCACCAAAGUCUACCCUGCCGUCAUCCUUAGGCACAUCUCCAAAGGAUACUUUAACACCUAAAAAAUCAUCUUCCUCUUUAUCUGGGAAUUCUACUUCAAAAUCAGCCAGGAAACCAUCUUCAGGUGCGAACAAUUCAAAGGACAGUGAUAAUGAUGGAAAUUCAUUUUGGUCAUCCUUUCUUGGUGAUUCCUUUUCAUCAGCAACAUCAAAAACAUCAAAUCGUAGAGCUAGUGGACAGAAACUUGGUUCCCAAAUAAGUGGUGGAAAAAUGAAAAACAAUGAUGACAGACUGGACACUGAGGAUGCUAAAAUGUUGAAAGGCGAAGACAAAGUCUCAUCUCCAAGAGCACUAAAACAGCAGAGAAAGAAAGACAUCAACAUGACUGACAGUAGCACAAGGUCAAGUGAUCAAUCCCAAGUACCCCAGACUUUAUUACCUCUGAAGGAAGAUUUGACAAAUGCUGAGGAUAUUUCUGAAAAGAAUGAAAAUAGCACUGUUGUUGUAUAUCCUCAAGAGGCUAAGGAUCUUACAGAUAGUCCUAGAAAGGAAGAGUUGAACACACAUGAAUCAUCUGUUGUACCUGCUCUAAAAGGGACCAACUUGAAAUCACAGCAUUUGAAAUAUUCAUCUACCAGUAAGGGUAGGAAGGAGAAUAAAGAAGUGCUUAGCACUGAAAAUAAUGUGUGCAAAAAAAAUGUUGAAAAUGUUGAGCUAGAUGCUUUGAUUGUUGCGCACGACAAAACACCUGACGACAAGUUAGAGUCUGUUCAUGAGCACCUUAAUACAGAAACUGGGCAGUCUGUUCCAGAUAAAAGUAUUGCAGAUUCACCAGAUACAGAUGAGGAGAAAUUGGACUGCUCUAAAAAGACAUAUGGUUUUAUGACCUCAAAUGAAACUGGGGAAAUAGCUCCUGAUUUAGGUAACAAAUUGGAAAGCCAUGACUUUUCUAAGUCAUUGCUAAAAGAUUCAACAGGAAGCAAUAUUGUGGUAGAAAUUAAACAAGAGGAAGUUGCGCAAAAUAUACCAAGUGUUCAACCUGUGGCCAGUUCAACACCAAAACAUGUUGCCAAGGAGCAGAAAUGUACACCACUAGAUAUGGCAAUGAAACCUGAAAUGGAACCUACUGAUGAAAAUGAAGAAGCUUCAAAUGACAAAGGAGACUUACAAGCUCAUGUGUGUGAUCCAGAAAUUCUAAUUUUACAGAGCAAAGAAUGCGAGGCAUUGUCAGAAAAUGUUGUAGAACUGUUUGCAGAGGCUGCAUCUGUUGUUCAAGACAAAAGAUCAGUGGAUGACAAAUCACAACAGGAAGUUAAAGAGCAUACUUGCAUACAUUCACAUACAGGAAAGAUGGUUGAUAUGUUGUCAUUACAACAGUCAAGUGGAAAUGAUGAUGAAACAAGGCAAAAGAAAAUGAAUUCAAUGGGAGAUGAUCCAAAUUCUACUGAAAGCUCAGAAGACACAAAGAGGAAGAUAGAAGAACUGCAAAAGGAAAUUUCUGGCCUCAAACAUGUGAUUGAAGUACGUGAGAAUAAGCUGAUUGAAGUUAGUAAAGAAAAUAUAGACCUGCAAGAGACAUGUGCUGUUCUGAGGAGUCAGCUGAAACAAGCUGAAGAUGCAUUUAAGGGAGAGAAUGAGGAAAUUGAGGAAGUGAAAAAAGAGUUUACUGUUCGUGUUGCUGCUACAGAGAAGAAAUUUCAAGCUGCAGCAAAGGAAAGGGAUCAUUUGAGGGCACUUUUAGAGGAGACUGAACAUUCUCUUUCCUCCAAGAAUGAACGACAGUCUGAAGAGUUUACAACUCUACUCAAGGAAAAAGAUGAUCAAAUUGCUCAGUUACUAGAAGAAGGUGAAAAGUUGUCUAAACAGCAACUUCAAAGCAACAAUAUUGUCAAGAAGCUUAGAAGUAAGGAAAAGGAGAAUGAUGCUUUAAUCAAGAAAAAUAGCAAGUUAUUGGAGGAAAUGACAGCUGAAAAUACCAGGCUGACUGAAAUCCUGAAAGUCAAAGAAGAAACAGAGAGAAAACAAGCAGAUGCUAUAACACAACUUAAUAGCUAUGUUGAAAAGCAAGACACUCAAAUGAGUAAACUGAAGUCUGAAUUAGAUGAUUCAGCUGAGAAGAUAAGAAGCAUGCAGGCUGCACUGGACAAUGCAUACAAACAAUUGGCAGACCUACACAAAGAAAAUGCUUCUAAAGAUAGCGCCGUGCAGGAAGCUGCUCUCAGUGCUGAAAUGACUGCCAAAGAAGGACUGAGGAUUGCAAUGGAGAAAAAAGAAAGACAGUUCAAGAGUGAAACUGAGGCAUUAGAAUUCCAGAUCAGCGACCUUCAAACUGGGUUCCGUCGGGCUGAACAACAGGCCAGUAGAAGGGAAGACAAUCUACGUCAAGAAAUAAGUGAUCUACAACAGAGGUUGCAAGAAGCAGAAGCUCGUAACCAGGAACUCACAGAAAGUGUCACUUACGCCACAAGACCACUGUUAAGGCAGAUAGAAAACCUGCAGAGCAGCUAUGGAAAUCACACGCAAACUUGGGAAAGAGUAGAAAGGAACUUAACAGAGAGGCUGAAUGAGGCGCAAGUUCAACUGGUUGAGGCUCAGGAAAAGGAGCGCGUUGCCACAGAGCAUGCGCUGGAGUUGAACUCCCGCUUGACAGCUGUGGAGUCACAGCUGGCGACAUACAGGCAGGAGAAGACGCGACUGGAGGCUACACUGGAGAUGGAACGAGCGAGACUGGAAACUGCUGAGGAAGCGAAGAGCAGGGAAACUGCUAAGAUAGAGACAUUGGAGAUCAAAUAUAGAAAAAUGAUGGAAGACAAUAACUUGGAGAAGGCUUUACUUGAACAACAACUCGCCGUAGAGAAAGGCAAGAUGGAAACCGAAAAGAAGAAGUUUCAACACGCCAUGGAAGAAAAAGAGAGAAGUUUACUUCGACAAUCCAGUGUUUCGGAAGCACCUCCAUCUCCUACUGCCAGAGACUACUCUUCACAGGACGAAAAUAUCGAUAAUCCCCAUCACAGGCCACUUGGACGUCAGGGUAGCACCAGUGGUAUCAUUGAUGGCAUCUCAAGGGGAAUCAUGGGAGCUGGCACCGCCAUGGUCGAGAGACUGCAGGCUCAGGUCAAACAAAAAGAUGGUGAAAUUCUGCUUUUACAGGAAGAGAGAACUACGCUACAAAAAACACGCGAUGCCGUCACUGAAGAACUAGCAACACUCACUUCUAAAAUGGAGGGUAUGGAGGAAGACAGUAGACUUUUAGCUGAUCUACAAACACGAUACAAAGAGCUAGAACAGCGUCAUAACGCUGUGCUUCAAAUGUACGGUGAGAAAGCUGAGCAGGCUGAAGAACUGAAAAUGGACUUGGAAGAUGUCAAAUCCAUGUACAAGCAGCAGAUUCAGGAACUCCUUGGAGCCGCAAGAUGACACUAUGAAGUAGCGGGUUCAUCUACGAUAAGUCCGGCACUCUGUCGAAGACGAAAAAUCACAUCAUACUAAAGUGCGUUUAGUUGGAAUCAGUCUGGGUUGAGAAUUAUUGAGAUAUUGUUAGGAAACAUUAGUUUUGGAGUUUUCUCGCUUCGAAAUACUUUGAUUUUCAUCUUAGCUAUUCGGCCAAGUCACAUAUUAAUCGCUACAUUUAUAGUAAUGGGAACAAGAGUAUCAUCAUUUACGGGCUAAUUCAUCUAGGGUAGGGUAGGUAAACCAUACGCGUACUGUUCACAUCUUAUUUUAAUCCCAGUAGUUUUCUGCGCAAGAGAUCUCCUCUAAUUCUUAAACAAUAUAUUACUGACAACCGAAAGUACGAUGAGAAUUCCCUGGUAUUGUUGGUAAAUUACUUUCGGUGCUUGUAUUAGUGAGUUGAAAACAUGUUUUAUAGCGAGGGCGUUCCUAGAGACCGUAAAAUUUUUCUGAAAUUUUUUUCUUUGGUUUCCAAAAGUAACGCAAAACUGAGGUAAAAUAAAAAAAAAAGUUUUUUUGCAGACUAGAAAACUGUAGCAGAACAAAGCAAUCAGAAAGACAGAAAAAGUGCCCUUGAAGUUGAAAAUUGUCAUGAAUUUUACCAGCAACUUAAGUGUUUGUUGAAUAAGGUAUAAUUAUUGAGUAAUGACAUGUAUUCAGCGUCAAAUGAACACACCCGCGGCUUUUGGACUCGAAAUAAACUCGGAAUAAAUGAGAAAUUCAAACUCGUCGAUGAAUGCUGUCACUCAUUUGAUAGCCUGUUUGGCGUUUAUUGGCUGUCAAGUUACAAAGAAAUCGUGAAUGCUUAAUAAAGUCGUGAAAGUUCAAAAGUGUUCUGGAUUGAUCCAACGACAAUUUUUAGUGGAAUAAGCGGCUGUAACAGUGAAACAGUUCCUCAGUCUGUUGUCCACUGAGCGAGGUAAAUGAAUCGAAAUACAUUUUAAAAGUAAAAAUAAAUACGUCAGUAGAAGAAUUUUAAAAAGUUAUUUUAGUUCUUAAAGGAUUGGGAAGGAAGGAUAAAAAUCGUUGGUUACAGGCCACUAACACACUUUGGCGAACCAAUUAAAAUCCAGAAUUUUGCACAGCACACGAAGUGUGAAUAAUACUGGGGUUCCAGGUGCGAUCAACAGCAGGAAAUACGCAGGACUAGGGUAGGAAACCUGUACUGCAAGCACGAGCGAAUUUUACUUGAGUCUGAAGGUGGCAUAUUUUGGAGAAAAGUGUACAAUAUCUCGCUGGGAAUAAUUAAAUAGAUUUUAAAUUGCAAUAGGUGGAAGGCACUUUUUGUAGAAUAAACACUGAUAACUGUGGAUA